AUGACCGGCGGGAACAUUUCGUUCCCCAUCGCUUCGUCAUCUCUCUUUGCGUUUAUGAAUUCAGCCAACCAAUCCGUCUCGCAACACAUGGGUAAGCCUGAUUGGCUGGCGUCUUCUGCUUCGAUCGGCGCAGCUAACGAAGAGAUUCGUUAUGAGACGGACGCAGUACCUGUAGAAAGCAAGCUGAACGUGCAUCUAAUAGCACAUUCACACGAUGACCUGGGAUGGACGAGCACCAUUGACAAGUACUACGUGACAUCAGUACAGUACAUCAUCGAGACUGUCAUUGACCAGCUUGAGGCAAAUCCUGACCGCAAGUUCAUUCAGGUGGAGCAGGCGUUCUUCUAUCGGUGGUGGCAGCAGCAGAAAGAGGACAUGCGCACGAGAGUGCGUGCUCUGGUUGCGUCAGGUCAACUCGAAUUCGUCAACGGAGGGUGGGUGAUGCACGACGAGGCCACCACGCACUACACGGACAUGGUCCACCAGAUGUCGCUGGGUCUGCGCUUCCUCCGCUCCGAGUUCAACGUCACGCCGCGCAUCGCAUGGCAGAUUGACCCGUUCGGCCACUCCGCUACCCAAGCCAGUCUCAUCACCGCUCAGGCUGGGUUUGAUGGGAUAUUUUUCUCGCGGGCAGAUUACCAAGACGUGGCCAAUCGGCAACAAGAAAAAAAGGAAGAGUUUGUAUGGCGCGCAUCGAAAACAUUUGGGAAAUCAGCCCAGGUGUUUGGCGGUCACCUGUAUUGGAUGUACGAUCCUCCUCCUGGGCUUGAUUGUGAGGACCUAAACUUCCCACCAUUCGUUCAGGAUGAUCCGCAAUCAGGGGAGUCGAACGUCCGGAAGCUUGUCGACCUGUUCGUUGAACGAGCUUGGGAGCAGGCGAAGGUGACGCGGUCUAACCAUGUAAUGUUCACCAUGGGGAAGGACUUUGCCUACUCCAACGCCAUCAUGUGGUUCAAGAACAUGGACAAGCUCAUUCACUAUGUCAACCUGGACGGUCGGGUGAAUGCCCUCUACUCUACGCCUUCGAUCUAUCUUGACGCCAAGCAGCAAGCUGACGAGACCUGGCCAGUCAAGACUGGCGACUUCUUCCCCUACGCCGAUGCACCACAUGCCUACUGGACCGGCUUCUACUCCUCCCGCCCAGCCUUCAAGCGCUACGUGCGGGUGUGCAGCGCGCUGCUGCUGGCAGCAAGCAUUCUAGAAGCAGCAGUGGGGCGUGAGGCCCUGCAGGCAUGGGGAGGAGACACCGACGGGAUGAGCCUCGUGGGCUCCGGCGCUGGCAGAAUGAUGGUCUCGAGUUUCCAUGCCCCAGAGGCGCCUAGUGCAGCAUCUGGAGAGAGUGGGAGUGGCAAUGGUGAUAGUGAUGCCGGCUCUGGUAGCGGUGGUGCUGCGAGUGUUGAUGUUUCUGCUGCUGGGAAUCAAGAGGCUCGGGCAGCGUCGACGGCGUCGCUGGGGGAGGCAGUGGCAGUGGCACAGCAUCAUGAUGCCAUCACAGGCACGGCCCAGCAGCACGUGAAUGACGACUACACGCUCCGCCUGCACCGAGCAGCACAGGAGGGCGUGCCACGUGAAGGCCAGGACCCACUGGAAAGACGGGACUCUGUGCAGGAGGAGGGGAUCAGCAGGGGGAGGCGGUUGCAGGAGAAGCCAAAGCUGUUGCUUGAAACAUGCCCUCUUCUGAACAUCUCCUUCUGCCCUCCAUCACAAUCUGGCCUUGAACCUGGCAAGACCCUGGUGGUGGUCGCAUUCAAUCCCCUUGCCUGGGCUCGCACUGAGAUCAUCCGCAUUCCAGUCACCACGCCCUCUGUCAUUGUCACAGACUCAACCCACAAGCCCAUCCCAUCGCAGCUCAUCCCAGAGCUCCUCCCUCGCCCAGUCAUCCGCGCGUUCUACACAGCAGCACAUGCAGGUGCCAGCGUGCCUCCCCUGGAGCAGCAGCAGGGGGUGAUGUCAGUGGUGUUCCGAGCAGAGGUUCCUCCUCUGGGGUGGGCCAUCCGUGCGUUCUACACAGCAGCGCAUGCAGGCGCCAGCGCACUUCCUCUCGAGCAGCAGCAGGGGGUGGUGUCAGUGGUAUUCCGUGCCGAGGUGCCUCCUCUCGGCUACUCCACUUUCUUCCUCACUUCCGCCCAACCAGGAGCUGCGGGGGCAGCAGUGAGCAGUAGUGACUGGAUCUUGGGACCAAAGAAGCAGAGGGGACGGAACACACGGAUUAAGAAGGGGAAGAAGAAAAAGAAGAAGGCUAAGAAGGACGACUAUGAGGAGGGAGGGGAAGGAGGGGAGGGAGGGGAGGAAAGGGAGAGAGGGGCGGAAGGGGAGGAAGGGUAUGAGGAGGGGGAGCAGGAGGAGGGGGGUGAGUCAAAGGGGGAGGAGGUUUAUGCUGAAGGGGAGGAAGGAGGGGAAGGCGGGGAAGGAGAGGAGGAGGAGGAGGAGGAGGUGGGCGAUGGUGUGGGUCAAGGGGAUGAGAUAGUUCUAGGGGGGUUGGUGGCUGGUCGGCCGGCAGCACGUGUCUUUUUCUCCAAGGCUGCUCGUGGCAUGACGCGAGCUGAGCUCAUCAAGCCGAAUGGGAAGGCCUUUGCUACGCUAGCAACAGCCAACAUCAGCAGCGACAUGCUCUUCUAUUCAUCUGCAGAGUCAGGGGCAUACAUCUUCAAGCCCACAGCGGACGGUGCGCUGCCGUUCCGCAGGAAGCAGAGGGUGCCAAUCCGUGUGCUGCGAGGGCCCAUCGUGGAGGAGUUUCACCGGCAGGUGGCUCGUGACGUGUCCGAGGUGUACCGGGUCUAUCCUGGGGAGAAUUACGCUGAGCUUGGCUACUCCAUAGGGCCUCUAGUUGAGGAUGGGUCUCUGGGGAAAGAGGUUGUUGCCUCCUUCUCCUCUUCCAUUCAGAGCGGCGAUGUCUUUUAUACCGACUCCAAUGGGCGCGACUACCUCAAACGAGUCCGCGACUCUCGCCCAGAUUGGACCCUCUCAGUCAAAGAGCCAAUAGCAGGGAACUUCUACCCGGUGACGGUGGGGGCGUUCAUCGGGGAUGGGGAGUCACAGCUGUCGCUGCUGGUGGACCGAGCAGCUGGUGCUGCCAGCCUGGCAGCCGGACAGCUCGAAGUCAUGCUGCACCGUCGUUUGGAUACCGUGGACAACAAGGGAGUCGGAGAGCCGCUAAACGAGGAUGUCUGUGUGGAGGAUAAAUGCUACCACCUCGUUGUGGUGGGGUCUCUCCGCUUCGCAGUGCUGCCAGACACACAUGCAGCGCCAGGCACACCUCCACAGCAGGCAUCAGGCGGGGCGGCAGCAGGGGCCUUCUGGCGGAGAGACCACAGCCAGAGGAUGCUGUCCCCGCUGCAGCUUGCCUUUGCUGUCGAGUCUACUGAAGAUCUGGCAGCAGCAGAAGCAGAAGCAGCGGAAGCUGCAGAGGCAGCAGAAACCUCAGCAGCAGCAGCAGCUGCGGCCACCACUCCCGACCCUGCUGCAGCUGACGAGUCUGAGACCUCUGCUGAACCAGCUACCACGAGCGCACGAGCGACGGGGUUCCUGUGGCGUCACUCUCUCUUCCAAAGCGCUCAGCAGGAGGUGGCAAGGUCAGGAACACAUGGCAGCACCAGAGAAAGGGCUGCAACUCCUCCGAAUAACUACCAGCUGCCUCGGAAUGUGGCUAUAACGACACUGGAGGAGCUAUCACCCGGAGCAAUUCUUCUGCGACUGGCUCAUCUCUAUGAGGCUCAAGAGCAUCCGGUAUUUUCUCGGCUUGCGGGAGUGAAACUCCGGCAGCUAUUCGCUGGUCAAGAGAUUCUGAAGGUGACAGAGCUGAGUCUCAUGGCAAACCAUGAACGCUUUAGCAUGCGAACCCCUUUAACAUGGCAGCUUGAUGAAAGUGAAGGAGGGGUGAGAAUGGCGAGCGUAGAGUCGACACCAGCGGCGGGAAAUGCGGAGGAGAAGGGGAGGAGCUCGUCGUACCCGCGCGGCGAGUCAGAGCCGGGACCAGACCGAAGGACCCGGCGGAGACCCAGCGGCGGGCUGUCCACGUCAGCGAUCGAGCAGAUGUCGCGGGAGGUGAAGCUGAUGGGGUGGCUGUACAAACAGUCCAAGUCGCGGCCGUUCGGCCACCACUGGGCGCGCCGCUACUUCGUGCUACGCGCGCAGCGCAUCAGCUACUUCCGCAGCCUGCCGUGGCAACACGAGAUUCCGGUGAAGGAGUUUGAUCUGACUCCCAAGUGCCGUGUGGAGGAUACAGGCCGGAUUUCCACCAACACCAAGGAGCUCUACACCUUCUGUAUACAUCCAGAGCUUCCCAAACCAUGCCUGGUGGGAACCAAGGACCCAGAGCUAGUGGCCGUGUGGAUGCAGGCCAUUCGGGAGACAAUCGAACAUAAUGUGGCGCCCACAAUAAGAAUGCCACUUACCCGUCCCACCAGCACCAACAGCCUAUCAGACGAGGAGGAGGGGGAAACGCCACCGCACCCCAACAUGUCCUCCUGCCGGGACUCCAUUGACAGCAGCAGUGAGCAGUUCGAUGGGGACGAGAUGGCAGCAGACGACCUGCCCACACCACAGCGAGUGCUGCUCGACAGAAGAGGCUCCAUUGGCUUCGGCCCUCCCAUGGAGCUGGGCGGCAUGCUCGAGGCCAUGGUGGCGAUGCGCAGUGCAUCAACAGCUUCAGGGAUCGCAUCUGACGGCUCCUGGCGCCUCAUCAAGCUAUCCAACGGGCUGCGUUUCUUUGAGGAGCUGAAUGAGGAGCGCGGGCAGGCGGGCAUGUGUGGCAGCCUGCCGUGUCUCAGUGCCGUGGGAACUGUGGACGCCCCGAGCGAUGCUGUCUUUCGACUCGUCCUCGACCUCUCCUCCUCUCGCAAUGAGUGGGACGUGGCCUAUGGGGGAGCUCGCAUGGUGGAAGCACAGGACGGUCACACCGACUGCAUCCACUACCGCUUCCGACCACUCCCAGUCGGUUUCGGCCCCUUCGCCCUCACAGCGCGCGACGUGUGCCUGCGGCGCUACUGGCAGCGCACAGGUGACGGGUGCUACGUGGUGCUCUACCAGUCCAUGGAGCACCCCCUAUGCCCCCCCGUCAUGGGCUGUGUGCGCGCCAAUCUCACUUAUGGAGGGUUUAUCAUCGCCCCAGCGGUGCGGUCGAAAAGCUAUUUGAGGGAUAAGAUGAAGCAGAGUGCCGGGCAGCCGGGGAUGGCGCUGGUGGCUGUUGAUUGGCUGAAGCGUGUGGAGCGGAUUGAUCAUGUGGUUGAACUGAAGAGGACGCCCGUGCAUGGCAUGCGGGAGUUGAUGGCCAGCAGUGACGCCUCGUCGCGGCCAUUCUUCUUCAUUGUGAAUAUGCAGGUGCCAGCAGCGCAGCAGUACAGCAUGGUGUUUUACUGGGCAAUGGAGGAGCCACCCACAGAUUCAUCCAUGCUGGGGCAGUUCAUCAAUGGGGAUGACAUCUUCCGCAACACGCGCUUCAAGCUCAUUCCCCGCAUCCACCAGGGCGCAUGGGUGGUGAAGCGGAGUGUGGGGACGACACCACUCAUCAUUGCUGGUGCUCUCACUGUGCAAUACUUCAAAGGACCCGACUACUUUGAGGUGGAUGUGGAUAUUGGCUCGUCGGCUGUGGCCAAUGGCGUGGUGCGCUUUGUGCUGGGAUAUGUCCGAACACUCAUCAUCGACAUGGCCUUUUUGAUCCAGGGAAACACAGACGAGGAGCUCCCUGAGAAGCUUCUAGGAACCAUCCGCAUUUCACAUCUAGAGCCAAACGCAGCGUUAGAUAUGGACCUUGACAAUCCAGAGCCACCCCCACAUUCAGUUUCUUCUCAUGAAGAUCCCAAAUCCUGA